CUACCCAGGUCCCGGUGACGACCCCGGGCCCGCGAGGACGCCGGAGGCCACCCCCCGGGCUUGGGGAGCGGAGCCGCGGGUCAGCUCUGCGAGCGUCCCGUGCUGGCCUGGCCGGCCCCGCCCCCGCCCCGGGCCAUGGCCCAGCCCUUGUCCCGGCCCCUCAUCCUAUCCCAAUCUCAGCUUUGGCCGCCGGCCACGCCCUCGCCCCACUUCCCAAACCUGCCCCGGCCCCGGCCAAUGUCCCAGCGAAUGCCCAGGACCAGGUCCCCGCUCCAACCCCAGUCCCUGCCUCUGACUUGGCCGCUAUCUCCGCCUCGGCCCUUGUUCCACCCCUUGUCACAAAUCCCAGCCCAGUCUCUGACCCUGUCCCAUUCCCAGCGUUUGCUUAAGCCCCUGGCCCAACCCCAGCCCUUGCUUCCGUCCCCAUUUCCCUCACUCCUCCCAGCACAUCUUCUGCCCUUGUUUGAGCCCCAGUGCUCAGUCCAACGCAACCCAAUAUCUCAGCCUUUGCCCCCAUCUCUGUGUUUGCCCAAGUCUUUUCCUCUGGCUCCCCGCCUCUCUCAUACUCUGCCCCUCUCCCAGCCUCGACUCAGGUCUGGGCUCCAGUUGCCGCCAGCCCUAUUGCUGCUGUUGCUGUUUUCUGUCCUUGGUCCAGGGGCUGGAGGCCUUUUCCUGACCGAUUACUCCACCUGCUCACCCCGAAAGCUCAGCCCAUUUCGCUCCUUUGCCAGCACCGAGCUCUUCCACUUCCACGUUCCUGAGGACACGUUCCUGGCUGUUUGGAACCUCAUCAUCUUCAAGGAACAGGGAGGAACCUUUGGGGACCACUGCCCAGAUCAAAGUGUGACUGUGUAUUUCCGCUCUGGAGCACCCCCUGUCAUCAAUCCCCUGCAUACACACUUUCCAACAGACACGGCUGUGCCUGGGGUUUUCUCACUCACCCUCAGCUGGACACUGCCCAACAGAACCUCAGGCAUCUUUAACGUCAGCAGCCCCUUACCUGGGGACUGGUUCUUGGCUGCCCACCUUCCCCAAGCCCAUGGCCACAUCUCUGUCAAGGGUCUCCAGGACGAGUGUCAGUACCUCCUUCAGCCACAGCUGAUUGUCCGACGUUUGCUGGAUGUGGCUGUACUGGUUCCUGGCCGUCCCUCAGAGCAAACCCUCUCCUCCCACAAUCGUUCAGCCUUGUAUAAGGUCUUUGUGCCCAGCUUCACUUACAGGGUUUCAGCACAACUGUUGUGUGUAGGGGGCCGAGGGGCAUCUGCCUGCCCCCUGACACUGCGCCUACGUCCCAAGGCCCCACCACUGCACAACUCAAGCUCUGUGGCCUGUGGAGGUGCCUCAGUAUGCCAGCUGGAGUUGGCCCUGCCCCCCUGGGGGCACUGGGUCUAUGUGCGUGUGGAGACACCAUCCCGCGGCCCUGGCAGGAUCAUCCGCUUCCAGCUAUGUGUACGGUUACAAGGUUCCUUCACACUCCUGAGGUCCCAUCUCCUUGGAACUUCAGAGUGUCCACAACCCAGCCUGUCCCGUGCCUUGGUCCCUGGGGCUGCCAUGAAUAUGCCCCAAUCACUGGGCAACCAGCCACUGCCCCCAGAGCCACCAUCCCAGGGGACCCCUGUAGAAGGGUCUGCAGCCACAUCGCCACCUGAGCACUGCUGGCCAGUGCGUCCCACUCUGCGCAACGAGCUGGAUACCUUCUCUGUCCACUUCUACAUCUUCUUUGGUCCCAGCGUGGCUCUUCCACCUGAGCGCCCAGCUGUGUUUGCUCUGAGGCUGUUGCCAGUGCUGGACAGUGGAGGUGUCCUUAGUCUGGAGCUGCAGCUCAAUGUGAGUUCCCUGCACCAAGAAAAUGUAACAGUGUUCGGAUGCCUGACUCAUGAGGUGCCCUUGAGCCUGGGAGAUGCUGCUGUGACCUGUUCCAAAGAGUCCCUCUCGGGUUUCCUCCUCUCAGUCAGUGUCACGUCCAGAGUGGCCAGACUUCGAAUUCCUUUCCCACAGACGGGGACCUGGUUCCUGACCCUCCGCUCUCUUUGCGGGGUGGGACCUCGGUUCGUGCGAUGCCGCAAUGCAACGGCUGAAGUGCGGUUGCGCACCUUCUUGUCCCCAUGCGUGGAUGACUGUGGGCCCUAUGGCCAGUGCAAGCUGCUGCGCACCCACAACUACCUGUACGCGGCCUGCGAGUGCAAGGCUGGGUGGCGAGGCUGGGGUUGCACAGACAGUGCCGAUGCGCUCACCUAUGGAUUCCAGCUGCUGUCCACACUCCUCCUCUGCCUGAGCAACCUCAUGUUUUUGCCACCUGUGGUCUUGGCCAUUCGGAGCCGGUAUGUGCUGGAAGCUGCUGUCUACACCUUCACCAUGUUCUUCUCCACGUUCUAUCAUGCCUGUGACCAACCAGGCAUUGUGGUUUUCUGCAUCAUGGACUACGAUGUGCUUCAGUUCUGUGACUUCCUGGGCUCCUUAAUGUCGGUUUGGGUCACCGUCAUUGCCAUGGCUCGUUUGCAGCCCGUGAUCAAGCAGGUGUUGUAUUUGCUGGGGGCUAUGCUGCUGUCUAUGGCUCUGCAGCUUGACCGGCAUGGACUCUGGAACCUGCUUGGACCCAGUCUCUUCGCCCUUGGGAUCUUGGCUACAGCUUGGACAGUUCGCAGCGUCCGGCGCCGGCACUGUUAUCCGCCAACAUGGCGCCGCUGGCUCUUCUACCUGUGCCCGGGCAGCCUUAUUGCAGGCAGUGCCGUCCUUCUGUAUGCUUUCGUGGAGACCCGGGACAACUACUUCUACAUUCAUAGCAUUUGGCAUAUGCUCAUUGCUGGCAGCGUAGGCUUCUUGCUACCUCCUCGUGCCAAGACUGACUGCCGGGUCCCAUCUGGAACUCGGGCCCGGGGCUGCGGUUACCAGCUGUGCAUCAAUGAACAGGAAGAACUGGGCCUUGUGGGCCCUGGAGGGGCCACUGUCAGCAGCAUCUGUGCCAGCUGAGAGGGGCUUUGGGCCAGGCUCCUAGGGGUUAUGAACCCUGCCUAGGGUUCCUCCUGGGGCUGUGGAGCCCUUCUAGGAACAAGGGACAAGUUGUGUUUCUUAGAGACGCACAGUCUUUCUCAAGGAUGACUGUUUUCAGGGACCAGGAGGCCUUCCCAAGACAUGGAGAAUUUCCUGAGAGCUCGGAGUCCUCCUGUUCUUCUGGAGUCCUUCUUAAGGAUGAGCUAUGCAGGACACAGCCCCUCAGGACCAAGGAGGACCUAGGGGUGCGGAGCCCUUCCCAGGGAUAGGAAGAGCUCCUACAGACAUGAGAUACUUCUCAAGGAGACAAAUUGUCAUCAGGAAUGAAUCAUCAGUACAGAGGGAAGAGGAGUCCAUCUUGGAGAAACACAGCACCAGAUUCUCCCAGAGGCUCUGCAACACUGGCCACAUCUGGACUGUGCUGUGCUGGGCAGAGGGCUGGGAGAGACAGCUGGGGUGGGGCUAGGCAGCUGGGGUUCUGAUUUGAUGCAGGUGGAGUCUGGUUUGUCUCCAAUGAAGUCCGUACUGAUUC